CAAUCAGUUGCACUUGAACCAUGCAGAUAAUUUCACUGUAGAGAAGCAAUAUCGUGAUUAAAUUAAAUGCUCAUCUGCAAAAUGAACUUGUCAGCCUGCAUUACUCUUGUCCUGAUUGGAACUGCCAUUGGGAAGUCUGGACUUAAUCCAGGAAUUCAAAGUAAAAUCACACAGAAGGCUUUGGAAUAUGAACAAACAGGUUACCAAACUCUCUCAAAAUAUAUUAUGAAGAUAGCCUAGACCCCAACAUUUCAUAUUUUAAAAGCCAAGCAAAUUGCUGUCACUGUUGCUGAGAAGAAGAUUAAAGGAUUUCAACCACCAGAUUUAAGUGGGACGAUCGACCUACUCGGGUGGAUAGACUAUCGUAUCACAGGGAUGUACAUUAAAAGUUUCGGAUUGCCGAGUUCCAACAUAGGAUUCAUCUCCAAUUCUAGAGUGAAAUUUUCAAUGGAUAAUGUCUACAUUGACAUCGGUGGACAAUGGCAUGUGACAUUUGGGCUGAUAAACGAUGGUGGAACCUUCGAACUGAACAUCAAAGAUCUCUCAGCUGCAUUCAUUGUCAAGGUUUCACAGGAUGGGCCUCGACCAGCACUGAGUUACAAUGACUGUGACGCAAGUUUAAACAAUUUCGACCUUCAGCUUCACGGAGGGGGCAGCUGGUUUUACGACAUGUUCCUAUCUCAAAUGAAAAAUAAAAUCAAAGAAAUUGCUCCUCAGAAGCUAUGCUCUGAGUUUGGAAAUACAAUUGGAAAGCUCGAAACCUUCAUCCAGAGGCUGAAUAUUUCACGGCAGUUGGAUAAGUAUGUGGAACUUGACUAUUCUUUAGUUGGAGAACCAGAAGUUACAAGUAACUCCAUUGUUCUUCCCAUUAAGGGUGAAUUAUAUGACGUUCAAGACCAUGUGGAGUCCCCAUUUACUGCACAAUCAUUUAAGCUUCCAAAUACCACCGAUCACAUGCUGGCCCUUGGUCUGUCAGAGUACUUUGUUAACUCGGGAGGAUUUGCAUAUUUUUCAGCUGGAGCCUUGCAUUUCAACAUCACAGAUGAUAUGAUUCCAAAGGACAUCCCAAUUCGACUCAACACAUCCAUCCUGAAACCUUUGAUGCCUAAGGUUGCAGCACAGUACCCCAAUAUGUUGAUGAAAAUUGUGAUGAGUGCUUCAAAGCAACCAGUUGUAAGGCUUGUUCCAGGAAAGCUCACUGCUGAUGCAUUUACUGCGGCAGAAGUAUUCGCAAUCCUUCCAAACAAGUCCUUAGCAGAACUAUUUGUGCUGGGUGUUACAGCCAGUGUGCUUGGGCAGAUAUUCAUUUCAGACAUGAAAGUGAGUGGGACAGUGUUUUUGAACAGGGUGGACCUAGCUGAGGAAGAAUCUAAAGUGGGACCCAUCCCAACAACGGCAAUGGAAAUGAUGCUGAAUUUGGGAUUACAGAAGAUGGUGAUUCCGAAGAUAAAUGCACUACUGAAAAAGGGAUUCACCAUACCAACCAUGGGCAAAGUAUCGCUGAAGAAUCCAGUUCUUAAAACUGAGCAGGGUUUACUCGUGAUCACCACUGAUAUUAAGUACAGAAACUGAAAGCAGAAUACUUCAAAAUGCAACAUGCAAAGAGCUGUUAAAGUCAUCUAUGGUUAACAGUCAAUACCCACCUAUAUCUUCUUGUACUCUGACAUGAUUCCCCUGAUGUUAACACAAAUUAAAAAAA